AUGAACCAAACAAAUACAAAUCUCACUGUUUUGCAGCAAAAGGAAUUCAACUCAUCAAUCCAUUUGUUUGCAACAAAUGACUCAACAACGCUGCACAACAAAAGAAUGUUGAAGGAAUUAAAUUUACCCAUUGCUCUCAGCAUUGCACAUAUUGUGCAACAAACUAAUACUGACUAUGAUAACAAUGAACAACUACCAUUAGAGCUACUAUUAUGUGAAAAUCAGCAAGUGAUGUUGCUAGCUAACUUGUGGAUUGAAGUUGGCCUUGUAAAUGGUUCCAUUGGCCUUGUUAAAAAAAUUGCAUAUGAAAACAAUACUAAACCACCAGACUUGCCAAAAUUUGUUAUUGUCCGCUUUCAGAAUUAUAAAGGCCCUCCAUGGGAUACAUUGCAUCCAAAUGACAUACCCAUUACUCCAAUUACCCGACGCAAGCGUACACAGAUUCCAUUGACAACUGCUUGGGCCAUAACUAUUCACAAAUCUCAAGGACUUACACUGGAUAAAGCUACAAUAGACAUAGGCAACACUGAAAAGCAAGGCCUAACAUUUACAGCUAUCUCAAGGGUCAAAUCAAUUGAUGGAAUACGCAUUCAUCCACCUUUCUCAUUUGAAAGGUAUGCAAAAAUGCAAAAAAGUGCUUUUACCACCAUAAGAAAGAAAGAAGAAGCUCGCUUGCAACAACUCUUUGGCCUCACAUCUACAUCGCAGGAUUACAAUCUACAUCUAUGA